UGAGAGGCGCUGUGUGUGUGCGAGCCGUUCUGGAGGGAGCGCGAGACGGCUGCCGUAUCCCUGAGCACGAGGAUGGGCUGCAAUCUGUGUAGUUUACAGAAGAGAGAGGAGCAUUAUAAACUACUGUAUGAGAUCUCACAGGUGAACGGGAGGGAUCUGUCGAGAGCCAGUCAUGAGGAGGCGGCGGAAGCUCUGCGCAGUGCUAAAGACCCCAUCGUGGUGCAGGUGCUCCGGCGGACUCCUCGGCCCCGGGGUCAAGGGUCAGUGCAGGACGUGUGCACGCAGACGGAGAUCACCUUCGAGCACAUCAUGGCUUUGGCCAAACUGCGUCCCGUCUCACCGCCGGUGCCGGAUCUCUGCCCCUUCCUCCUGUCGGACAGUGCGGCGGAUGCUGAUGAGGUUGAGCUGCGUCGAGUGAGCCGUCAGGAGAAGCUGGGCCUCACGCUGUGCUACAGAACAGAUGAUGAGGAGGACAGUGCCAUCUACAUCAGCGAGGAGGAGCCGUGGCUGGAUGAUGAGCACAGCGAAUUCUUAGAGGAGCUGAAGAUGGAAAUGCUGGAGGAGCAGAGGAGAGAAGAGGAGGAGGAGACGAAGAGAGCGGCUCGAGAGGAAGAGGAGGAGGAGACGAAGAGAGAGGCUCGAGAGGAAGAGGAGGAGGCCAGACAAACUCAAGAUGAAAGCAUCACAGCGUCCUGCUCCUACAACCACCAGAAGAUCAUCGAUCCAACGGCCGCUUCGGAGAAGAGCGUCCUCGCACAGAUCCAGAAGAAGCUAUCGCGGUGUCUGCACCAGAGCUCAGCGUCGGGACGGAGCGGAGAGGAGAAGGACGAGCGCUGUCGACAGCUCUUGGAGCUGAAGUGUCAGAUCCGCAACAGCGGCGAGUACGACCUCUUCUACGCUCGCAGCAGCACCAUCGAGUGCAGCCUGACGGAGCCCAGCGGCGUGGAGCGUGAGCUCCGCAUGCUUAACGAGGAGCUGCGCAGCAUCCAGAUGGAGUGCCAGAACAUCAUGAAGGCGCAUCAGCUGGGAUCCCGCAAGCUAGUGGACAUCAGCGAGCAUCCCGAGAAGUCGGACAAGGACAGUUCGAGCGCGUACAACACGGCCGAGAGCUCGCGCAGCACGCCGCUAACCAUGGACCGCUCUCCGGAGCGCCGCAGGGUCAGCCUGACCAGCCAGAAGAACCUGUUGGCGCUCCGAAGGGUGCCGAGUGGCAGUCCCGAUCACAGCAACCCGUCUGAGUCCGAACAGACGCCUCCCGAAGGCUCUCACUCGCGAAUCCCCGCACGGUGCCAGCGGCCGGUGGACGACCCGGUGCAUGCGCGACAGCACCAGAGCUACGUGCAGUUGAUCCAGCAGCAGUCGGCGGUGGAGUUCACCCUCAGCGGUCCGCAGGUCGCACGGCCUUCCGAACCCAAGAUGGAGUGGAAGGUCAAGGUCCGGAGCGACGGAACCAGGUACAUCACCAAACGGCCCGUCCGCGACCGACUCCUCCGGGAGCGAGCCCUCAAGAUCAAGGAGGAGCGCAGCGGCGGCAUGACGACCGACGACGAUGCCAUGAGCGAGAUGAAGAUGGGACGCUACUGGAGCAAAGAGGAGCGCAAGCAGCACCUCCUGCGUGCCAAGGAGCAACGGCGGCGGCGUGAGUUCAUGCAGCGGAGCCGCUUGGAGAGCCUGCGGGAGAAUCCACUCAGCAACGGCGAGGGAAUCAUCUAG